UGUAUGGUGUGGGCCCCACAAUUCUCACUUCUUCCACUCCAUAACAAAGUCUAUAAAAUCACAACUGCUCCGACCUUAACCAAAAAUAUCUCAGUACCUCUCUCUCAAGCUCUGAAAAUGGCGACUCUCGGAUUCUCCUGCUUCCUCUUGCUUCUAUCACUCUCGGCCUUCGCAGAUGCUGGUUCGAUCGGAAUAAACUACGGUCGAAUUGCUAACAACCUACCGGCACCGUCGCAAGUGGUGCAGCUUCUGAAGUCACAGGGGCUGAGCAGAGUCAAGCUCUAUGACACCGACUCGGCGGUGCUUACCGCGCUGGCCAACUCGGGCAUAAGCGUCACCGUUGCGCUCCCCAACGAGCUCCUCUCCUCCACCGCCGCUGACCAAUCGUUCGCCGACAAGUGGGUACAAGCCAACAUCUCUCAGUUCUACCCCGCCACCAAAAUCGAAGCCAUUGCCGUCGGAAACGAGGUCUUCGCCGACCCCAACAACACGACCAAGUUCCUCGUACCCGCCAUGAAAAACAUCCACGCCUCGCUUGUCAAGUACAAGAUUGACUCCGCCAUCAAAAUCUCGUCGCCUGUAGCUCUCAGUGCGCUCCAGUCCUCGUACCCGUCUUCUUCCGGGUCUUUCAAACCCGAACUAGUUGAACCCGUUAUCAAGCCCAUGCUGGACCUCCUGCGUCAAACCGGAUCGUACUUCAUGGUCAACGUGUACCCAUUCUUCGCGUACACUGCAAACGCGGGCCAGAUCUCCUUGGACUACACUUUGUUUAAGCAAAACCCGGGUGUGGUGGAUUCGGGUAACGGGUUACGUUACGACAACUUGUUCGAUGCCCAACUCGACGCCGUUUCCGCUGCACUUUCGGCUCUCAAAUACGACGACGUUAAAAUUGUGGUCACAGAGACUGGCUGGCCCUCGGUGGGUGAUAGCAAUGAAAUAGGUGCGAGCCAGCCGAAUGCGGAGUCGUAUAACGGGAACUUGGUGCGCAGAGUACUCACUGGUGGUGGGACCCCUUUGAGAACUCAGGACCCACUUAACGUCUUUCUAUUUGCUUUGUUUAACGAGAAUGAAAAAUCGGGUCCCACCUCGGAGAGGAAUUAUGGGCUGUUUUACCCAAGUGAGCAGAAGGUGUACGACAUACCAUUGACACAAGCGGAGCUUGAGAGUGGCCAGUCAACGCCGGUCAACGGGAGCAAGAGCCAGCAGGUUCCGGCGACGGGAGACGUGUCGGAGUCGUCGGUCCCGUCUGGUCAGACGUGGUGCGUGGCGAAUGGGAACGUUGCGCAGGAGAAGCUGCAGGCUGCCCUCAAUUACGCUUGCGGUGAGGGAGGGGCUGAUUGCCGUCCGAUUCAGCCGGACGCCACGUGUUACAAUCCGGAUACGCUAGUCGCCCACGCUUCAUAUGCUUUUAAUAGCUAUUACCAGAAGAAUGCUCGUGUGGCUGGCUCUUGUGAUUUCGGCGGUUCGGCUUACGUGGUCACUCAACCUCCUACAUUCGGGACCUGCAAAUUCCCUACAGAGUGAGUAAUGAGAGAAAGAAGAAGAUAAAGGAGAAGGAGUUGGGUGAAGAAGACUUGAAGUGUAGCUUUGCAUUAAUUUGUUGAGCUAAACUUGAUUUUUUUUCCCUGCUAGAUUUAGGGCAUUGAGGGAGGGAGCCUAUUUUCUUUGUAUUUUAUGUUUAUAAUAUGAUAAGUCGGUGUAGUAGUUGUCAUUUGCUUCACUAUUUUGUCUAUAUGCGUUUGAGGUAUAUGUUUAUUUUAUUUUAUUAUUUUAUUUUUGUUUAUGUCGAUAGAUUAGACUCUGAGGCGGAUUGAAAAGACUUUUUUUGUCUUUUAAUUUGAUUAUUUAUCCUUCAUGUC